AUGUUGUCAAAAUUAGAGGAAGAUCUGUGCUGUCCAGUCUGUCAGGACAUCUUUAAGAAUCCGGUCAUCCUGUCCUGCAGCCACAGCUUCUGUAAAGACUGUCUGCAGCACUGGUGGAAGCAAAAGAAGAACUGGGAGUGUCCAGUUUGUAAAAGGAAGAGUUCAAAAGGAGGUUUGCCUCAAAACCUGGCUCUGAAAAACCUGUGUGAGUCUUUCCUCCAGGAGAGAGGUCAGAGGUCUUCAGAGGAUCUCUGCAGUCUGCACUCUGAGAAACUCAAACUCUUCUGUCUGGACCAUCAAGAGUUGGUGUGUCUCAUCUGCAGAGACUCAGAACUACACACCAACCACAGAUUCAGACCGGUCAAUGAAGCUGCUGGACGACACAAGAGGAGCCUUCAGGAAACUCUGGAGCCCUUAAAGGAGAAGUUAAAGGAUUUUAAACAAGCCAAAGUGGAGUUAGAUCAAACUGCAGAACAUAUUCAGGACCAGGCCCGACACACAGAGAGGCAGAUUAAGGAGCAGUUUAAGAAGCUUCACCAGUUUCUAGAAGAGGAAGAGGAGGCCAGUCUGUCUGCACUGAGGGAGGAAGAGGAGCAGAAGAGUCAGAGGAUGAAGGAGCAGAUGGAGGCUCUGAGCAGAGAGAUAGCAGCUCUUUCAGACUCAGUCAGAGCCACAGAGGACCAGCUGAGAGCUGGAGACGUCUCAUUCCUGAAGAACUACAAGGCUGCAGUGGAAAGAGUCCAGCAGCACCCCCUGCUGAAGGAUCCACUGCUGCCCCCAGGAGCUCUGAUAGACCAGGCCAAACACCUGGGAAACCUGAGAUUCAACAUCUGGAACAAGAUGAAGGACAUGGUCUCCUACAGUCGUGACCCAAACACUGCUCAUCCAGGACUCACCCUGUCUGAAGAUCUUACCUGUGUGGUCUAAGGAGAGCCACAGGAAGUCCCUGAUAAUCCAGAGAGGUUUGAUUAUUAG